AUGCCGUUGUACGAGUUCUGUCACUCCCUCGAGCUGUCUCGAACGCAAAAAGAGGCUUUGGUUGAUUUCGUAACCCAUUUGCAUUCGAGGGCUUUUUUGACUCCAACUCUCUUCGUCAAUGUCCAAUUCACUCGUCCUGAGGCAGAGGGAGAUUUUUACGUCGGCGGUAAAUCCUAUGGGGCUCACAGCCCAAAUCGCGUCAUUGCCAUGGUUCGAGUUGGCCCUACUCGCCCGAAAGAGAAAUUUGACCAAAUUGGCAUGGCCAUACAGAAGAAAUGGAAUGAACUUGUAGGCUUUCCCGAUGACCCUUCGACCCUUGUCAGCGCCGAGAUGAGGGCGGAGAGACGAGCCAAGAAGUUGCACGUUGUGGUUUUUUAUCCAAUGAAUGCCGCAAUUGAAAAUGGAGUCAUUAUACCCGGGCCCGGCGACGAAGGUUCUUGGCUUAAAGAUAAUAUGGCUUACUUCAAAGACCAAGCUGAGGCUUAUUAUGACGAUGAGUUUAGAGACAUGCUCCAGGAGGUUGAGAAUCGUGAAGACUUGAAGAAAAUGAUUCAAUAG